AUGGCCCAACAGAUGAUCGGUACAGCCCUGCCUGGCCUGCGUCCGUGCAAAAGAUACAUUGCAAAACACGACGCCAACGGCGUAAGUGUAUAUGACGACUCUCCCGACCAGGUCUUCAAUGGCAUUCCUGGCGGAGGAGGAGUAGCUCGGUCGUAUUCCGUCAACUCUGUCCCUGCAAAUCUCACCAACGACCAAGACGUUAAAGCAUACCGAGCUAAAGAAGGACCUACAAGCUACACUCGGCGAGAGAUUGUCAACCCAGAGCCAGGUGCAAACUUGCUCGUGAUCGAUUUGGCUCCGGGAGCAGUGAGUGCUAUGCAUCGGACGGUUUCACUCGACUUCUCCGUGUGCGUUCAGGGAGAAAUUGAUCAUGAGUAA